AUAUUGCGUGAAUUUACUUUGCUUUUUAGCAUUUGUUUAGUCGUUGUGUGAAAGAAUAGCUAGGCAGGCUCUGUGUGCAGCACCAUCUCACAGUGCUACAUGUACAUGACCUUGGUAACUUUCCCAUGAACCAGUCAACCAGGAAGUACAUGUACAAGUUUGACAAAUUUCCCGCUAUGAGCUGCUAAUCGUUGGGCCGCCUACUUGCAUCCUGCAUCAUUCCAGAAAGUACUACCGUCACGAUUACACAACAAUUUCAUUGCAGAAAGUGACCUCAAAAUCUAUGAAUUGAGGUGCGUUUAGACACUGUAUCUAUCAUCAUAAACUGUUUUCCCAGCAGCAGCUACUGAGUGAAUUGCCUGAUAACCGAACCACCAGCUCAGCAUUGUCGCGACAACUUUCCUUCAGGCAAAGUUUGCAGACGGCAGCUAUGAUCAUUUGAAUAACAAUAAGACAUCCAAUGGAUAAAACUGACACUGUGCACAUCUCAUUUGAAGAAGGACAGCAGCCUCCUAGCAACGACAUGGAUGCCGAUCUCCAUGACAAUGCCCGCUCCUCCUUCAUCUCCAGCUCCUCGGGGACGUCGGGAACAUCCGACGAGUCGAUCAACUACCGAGACUCUGUUAUCUCGUACACCUCCAUUGACUCCAUGGACAGGCAAUCAAUUGCUUCAGAAGCUGGUGGCCUGUCUCGCAUUAAUUCCACACGCUCAAUGCCCCCGGAAAGGACCCACAAUGAUUCGGAUGGAUCCGAAGACGGCCAUAUGCUCAUAAAGAACGUUGUAAGGAAAACCCUGACUCGCAAGACGGCCAUAAGAAGAACACACACUCUUACGCCGAACUCCUCGCCGAAAGUCAAGGACCGCAGGAAUCGUUCCAUCUCGUCAUCCGACUCGCCCCUCGCUGAACUACAGAAGAGGGGCGCAGUCAAGGAAUUCAUCACAGUGUACUUUGAGCUUCGCUUUUACACACAAACCCACGAGAUUCAGACAACUAGAGACUUACUUCUGAGGGAUGCAAUCAAACCCAUCCUGGCAACGGCCGAAAUCGACUUGCGAGGCAUCGACAUCUUCAUAGAAUCCUCAACAUCGCCGACGCCUCUAGACUUUCCAACAUACCCCUUGAGUGGGAGGCACCUCCAUGUCAGAGCUAAAGCAGGCAAGAACUCCAAAGCUGUGAUCAGCCCAAGUUUUGCCCAGAAGACCAUGGAAGAUGGAGAGGAGAAGGAAGAUUCGGGGGAACCCUUUAUUGCGACAAUCCCGAUGCGGAAGGAUAUGUCUAAAUUCCUGGGCGUGGAACAGAAGGAGAUCCAGCCGACACCAAGACAAUCCACACAGACUCUUGAGAGAAAGAAGGAUCUUACUAAACUCCUGGGAAUUAAUCAACCCGAUCCUAUUCCAAACUCUAAGGGAAACCGUCGGACGUCCGUCGCAACUGGUCAGCCCGUCACCAUCAAAGACCCAGCCAAGGAGAAGGUGGACCCUAAGUUCCUCAAGUUGAAGCAGACUCUGGAUGACUUUAUGAUCAACGGUCUGCCCGACUUCCCAGCACUCCUGACCUUUACUACAAAGAGAGAAGACGAUGAAGAAUGUUUCCAAUUUGAGGAAUCUUGGAGGGCGAUGGGAGACGAAGAGACGGUCAGCCAGUUGACCAAGAAGCAGACGGACCAACAAGAAGCCAUCUGGGAAAUCAUUAAAACCGAAGUGGGCUACAUCAAAAACAUCCGCAUCAUGGUGGAUUUUUAUCUGUGCACUCUGAUUAACCUCCAAGCGUCUGCCAUGCUGAAUCAGAUCGAGACUGAGAAGAUCUUCAGCAACAUCUCUGCCAUCGAGAAGCUCCACACCAGAUUCUGGAAGGAGAAGCUGUCCAAUGUCGUCACGAAGGCACGGGCGGAGAAGAGGAUACCAUCUGCCACUGACUUGGCAGAGGCCUUCGAAGGGUUUGCAGAUCUCUUUGCGCCGUACAUCAAGUUCUGCACUGACGAGCACGAGUGCAUGAAGUAUCUGAGGGAACGGACCAAAGACAACGAGAUGCUCCGGUUCUUCAUUGAGUGGGCCGAGAGACACCCGAACAGUCAACGACGCAAGCUGCAAGAUCUCCUGGUCUACCCAAUGCAGCGCAUCACCAAGUACCCUCUCCUCCUGAUAGCUGUUGAGAAGAAGACCCUCGAAGAAGGUGAAAAUGCAGUGGUCUCCACUAGGAUAUCGGAGGUGAAGGAGUUUGUGAUGCGGGUGAACCAUGAGCUAAGACAGGAGCAGGAGAGGCAGACGAUGGAAGACACUAUCGAUCAUAUAGAAUCCUUCGAAGCCGUCAGUGUGCCAAGUGGAUGCGAGGAGUUGGCAAAGCUUGUAGACGAGCAUGCGACCCUCGACCUACUUGGCAGUAUGCCAAAUGCCCCGCCCGCCCAAGCCCGCUGGCUUCACAUGAAGGGGGCCUUCAAAAUGCGCGACGCCGACAACCGAUUCGAUGCCUACGGGUUUCUCUUCACGGACAUGUUUGUCCUGGCCAAGCCCAAGAAGGGGGAGAAUUACAAGAUCAUCAAACCGCCGAUGCGCGUGGACAUGAUCCGAACGCAGGAGCUCAAGGACGGAAGUGGUUUUGCCCUGGUGCAUGUGGAUGAGUAUAACUGUGCAGUGUACGGCUGCGUUCUGUCUGCGGCAAACACCCAGGAAUGGUUGCAUAAAAUGGAAACAGCACGGGAGCUCUAUGAGAACAUGUGCAGCUUCGAACUCAACUACCACAAUAGAAAGGAGGUGGAUGAUGGUUCUGGUGAGCCUCCAACGUCCCCGGAGGCCAUGGUCUUCUCCAUGCAGAACACAGCCUUCCCACUCAUAGUCGACAAUAACUCCCCCUACUCCAGCCCUCUCAACUCGCCUAGGCUAAAAGACCGCCGUAUGCUGUCGCCCCUGAGCAUGUCAAUACAAGGGGGAUCCCAGAGCUCGCUGAACACAGCAGGAGGGGUUUCCCCAGUACCCGAAGAAGACACGGAGGAAGGGGAAGAGGGUAAAGAUGAUGCCUCGAGUGAGGUGCAUCAGGUAUCUAGCCCAGGCGCCGCUGAAGUAGGUAUUGACGGUGGCUCGCCUGCAGACAAACUCAACUCUCUGAGUGACCAAGGCAGAAGCACCUUCCCUCCUUCCAAACGCCAGUCUCAGAAUGGGGACAAAGUGCAGAAUUCGGUUCCCACGGUAGCAUCAGGUGAAACCAACGGAGGUUCACCAACCAAGACGCAGACAAAGAGCAACCAACGGAGACCAGCUAACCUGACGUUACCUCCAACUCACCCUCAGCCCACUUCUCCAGUGUCGCCCAAUAACACCACCAUCAUGGCCUUCGAAUCAGACGAUGAUGAGCCAUCGGAACCAAUGUGCCCUAUGCCACUUUCAGUUGCUCCCAGUUCACCCCGAAAGAUCUCCCUACAGCAACCCCCCAUGUAUCCUGUCAAUAAAUCACCGAAUAGAACCAGACGGAAAACCACGACCGCACUCGGGAACAAUAAGAAACAGAACGGAGAAGAGACCAAAUCCAAGGGCAAAUUUAGCAAACUGCUUAAUAAAAAGAAGUCUGCUCCCAGUAAGAUAUAAGCAGAACAACAAGGGGUCAAAAACUGCAAAUUAAUAAAAAAAAAAAAAUAGUCCACUGGUUCUGUCAGAAAUUUUCAAACUGAAAAACAAAGACCCAAAACUCAACGCCAUCCAUUUCGUUUUCAGGAACCAGAUGUGAGGCACGUCUACUUUUGAUGUAUGCAGCUUUUUGUCAUGGGUAUUGUUAAGUAUUGUUUCUUUAUGAUAAGGGAAUGUCUCAAAAGUUGGAACGCUUUGAACGUUCCAACAGGGAACAAACGUGUGUUUCCGCGUGGCAAUGUUGGACUAUGCGCAUGCACGCUUAUUCGGGAAUAGCCUUUCGUCAACGCGUGUCUACCCGGAUUCUGGCACAAAAAAAGACCACCUUCACCAUCCCGUUGAGCUAAUCUUUAUUCAUUUCUAAUAAAUAUGAAUCAUGCAUAUAUGCGGAUAUAUGAACCAAUAGCCACAAACAAGCCAUUUUUUGACGGUGAUGCCACGCUCCCGCGCGCGCCGCACUAUCUUGGAAACAAGACGCGCAGGCAUUUUAGUCAGUAUUUACAACAUGUAAUGCUUUAUGCAUAACAAUUUCUCUACCAAAUCGGUAGA